AUGGAUCUCGACCCGAGCCCCGCACACCAGCGCACCUCGCGCAAGCACCAGCGCUCUAGCGACGACGAGGACAGCGAUUGGAGCUCGGACAUCUCUGGACAAUUCGAUGAUGCCGAAGAGGCAAAUGCAGACGGCUACAAAUCACCUACAGUGAAGCUGGCAAAGCGGCGUCGCUCGAAUGACUGGCCUUUGCCCGAAGAGGGGGCUGACUACGGCGCCCGUGAUCGCCGCACCCACCGCGGCGAAAACAACAGUCUCAGCGUUACCGGAACGGGCUCCGGUUACAGAGCUUCACCUCGCGCUUCUCCGCGAGGCUCAUUGGUUUCCUUGCGCGCUCGCCAUGCUGCGGCUUCUGCUCCCACUCCCCGCCGCCCCAGAGGUCGGACGUCGCGAUUCGUCGAAGCGACCAUGAGUGAUAGUGUUAGUGAAAAACCACCUAGCAUCUAUUUUCGUGAGCAAGAAAACAAGCAACUUGGCAAUCCAAACCGCUCAUCUGGCAUCUUUCGUUUUGGAAAGGCCAUUGCCUCGGCGUUCAAUCCGUUCGGUGGAUGGGGGAGAAAUGAGGGUUCGCCCGAUAAGUCCCCGCAGAAAGACGUUAUCCACCAAGCGGAGCAGGCGUAUGCUGAGCUGAAGAAAGCUGGCUAUAAGGGUACGAACAAGGGCUACUAUACACAAACUCAUGGGGUCAACGCUGUCGCCGCCGAUCAGACUUGGCAGUCUCUCCAGCACAAGAUGGAUCACACCUCUCCGAUCAAAUUCUCGUGCCGCAACUCAGUCGAUCGAGACGACCAAGUCCUACCCGCACGCUCGGUGUCUUCCGCCUCCAAGCGCUCUUCUCUUCAAGAUCUUCGACUGCCAAAGUCAUUAUUCCACAAGAGCCAUGGAUCACCAUCAGGGUCUACAGCAGUGUGUUAUGAUGCCCUUCCCGAUGGAUUCGAACCGUCUGGGAUUCGCAAGCAGCCCUCCCGCAGAGAACUCUCGCGCCAAACCAAGUUGCUCAAGAAGGUCAGCAACCUUGAGGACAAGCUGCAGCGUGCCCGGCGGGAACUUCGUGAGCUCACAGGCAACGAGGAGCGGACCCCAGCACCUACACCCCAGCCAAAGAUUCUCAAUACCGAGAUCGAUCCUGCAUCAUUCCCACGGAAGUUCGUCCCUGGAGCUCUGCCCACUCUACCAUCGGAGCGGCUUUUGGAUCAACAGGCUGCAGAAAACGCGGCUGCUGGAUACGAUACGAUCAACUUGACAGCCCUGCCAUCUAUGGACGACCGAGAAAGUUUCUCAUUCGAAGAACCCCGAUCACUCCGAAGCCCGGCUGCGGCCAAAAGUCCAAAACGGCGCUCGAAAGAGCGGGGGCCGUUAUCCACGGGUAAGGAUUGUUUUUCCCUCAAAAGGAAGUCUCCCAUUCCUGAACCUGUCGAUAGCCGGAGCUCUCACGGGCCCAGUACGACGAACCAUAUCGCCGAUUGCGACGAGCUCGAGGAGCUGACAGACUUCGGUUUGCUCAGUCCACCCGGAAAAUCGAAAUGGCAGAAAUCCGAAGCCGGCGAAAGUCCAGGCUCAGCCAAGCGCAGACAAGCCCUCGAUGACGUGGCUCCUUGGACCGAAGAAAAUAAAGAAGAUGCAGGAGGAAAUGCAAGUGCCACGCGUAACAUCAAAAGGUCCCCCUACACUCAACCCCGAAAAGUGUCCGGCACCACCAGCUCACCAAGUUCCAAGCCCACAACCCCUCUCCGCAUGAAAAAGAGCAUGGCCAAUCUGCGCCAGGGCUCUUCGCCUGCCACUGCCUCUGACAUCGGUUCUUCCGUCGAAAUUUGGGCCACGCCUCUACCCGCGCCACAAAGUGACUCCCAACGCGAAGCCUUCUACUAUCAUCCCCAACGCCAGCUCAAUCCUGACCGUAGCACUCGUACCCCGACGCGAUCAAGAACGACCCCUAGGCGUAGAUGGUCGAACUAUCAUCUUGGGGACGAUAUCCCGCCCGUGCCACCUCUCCCUGAGGAACUCCGCUCGAGUGCUGCUAAGGUCCAUGUCAAUGCGAACAAGUCACUCAGGGAGAGACCUGUGUCUGCCCCGGCUUUCUACCCAUCGUCGCCUUCCGUUGGGGAUUCUUUGAUCUCGGAUCUGGAGGACUACCAAUGGCCCGAGGAUAUUUUUUAA